GCCUAGCUAGGAAGAGGGGCACCGGGAGCACACCUCAUCCGACCGUUGCUUUGGUGUGGUGACCCGCGUGGUUGUCCUGUUUGGUCCAAGGGGAAGCUUGUUCUCUCCUGGCUGCCAGCCGUCCCCUCUUGUCGCAAGAACACAGGCGAUUGGGUGUCUGAUCGACGGCAGUACCUUCUGUAAGAUUCCGGAUGUUCUGACGACGUGACUGGGGAGACACGCCAGAACACCCAUCAUGUCCCACAAAUAUGUGUCCAACAAAGCUGUCUUAAAGGACAAAGGGUUCCUUUCGAAGCUGGGCUCGACCCUGAUGGGCCGAUCCAACCCGGACCCGUUCGUAGACGUGAAGGUACAGUCAUCCAUCACCUGGCGCAAGACAUCUGAUGUAAAGGCGCGAAUCAAGACCGCCACGGGCACAAUACCUGUGUAUGAUGACCUCGGCGAGGAAGAGAUGGCCGUCCUUCAGGCGGAGGCCCUGGCAGCCGCCGGAGGAUCGGCCCCCUCGUUCUCUGGGCCCGCGGCCGUGGCGGUGCAGACCGCGGCCCUGGCGGCAGGAUUCGGGCAAGAGGAAACAACUCAAGAGGCAACGACCGUCGCGACCUACCUGGUGAAGGAGGACUACAGCCCCGAGGACUCCGAGGGGCUCGCCGCUGUGUCGGGACAGAAGUUGAUCCUCGUUGACAAAUCCAGCCCGAACAAACGCCCAAGACUCGAGGGAGAUGAGGCUGGCACGCAGCUCCUGGACAACUCCGCGGCUCGUCACAAGAUGGCGAUCCGACCCAAAAGAAACCAUCCCGACCCCCGAUCACGCGCCCACGACACCGGCGAGGAGAGAUGGCUGAUGCGAGACCAAGAAUCAGGGAAGGAGGGCCUAGUUCCCUCUCGUAUCCUGGAGCUGCACAGCGAAUUCACCACCAGCAUGAUCGCCAGCCUAAAGCGUUCUGUGCAGCAAAUCGCCAUGGAGGAGACGGCAGAGGUGAAGAAGAACCUCAUGAAGGAGAUCCGAGAAUACAAGUCCCGCAAGAGCUCUAGCAAGCUGCUUGGACCCUCACCUGAGGACGAAGCCAGAGCCAAGAGAGCGGCGACCAUCCGAGAGCUGAUCGAGACGGAGGAGGAGUUCGUCCGCGACCUGGAGUUCGUAAUGGAGAACUACUACAGCCUCAUGGACAAGAACACGACGCCGCGCAAUGUCCGUGACCACAAGGAGCUCAUCUUCAACAACUUCAAAUUUAUCGCAGAUUUCCACAAGAACGUCCUGAUCGAAGGAGUGAAGUACAACGUGGAGGUGCCGAAGAUGAUUGGGAAAACAUUCCUUCGACUGGAACGUGACUUCGACAAGCACGCCGAGUACUGCAGCAAUGAACCGUUGGCUCAAGAAUUCAUCGAGAAUAAUAUUCCUGUUAAAGAAUUCUUCGAAGAGUACAGUCAGAAGCUCGGGGACGACAAGCGUCUCCAGGAGCACCUGAAGCUUCCCAUUCAGCGGCUCAACGACUACCAGCUCCUGAUCAGGGAGCUGGUCAAGUACAGCACUCGCCUGGGCGACGACCCCUCCGACCUCCAGCGUGCGUUUGAGUUGAUGCAGACGAUCCCCCAGCGGGCCACCGACGCUAAAUUCAUCAGCUCCAUUGAAGGUUUCAAGGGAAAUCUUUUCAAACUUGGCAGGCUUCUUAGACACGACUGGUUCAGCGUGAAGGAAGCUGGCCAAAAGGCUCGAGACCGCUAUCUGUUCCUGUUCAAGGCGCGCAUCCUCAUCACAAAGGUCAAGCGAAUAUCCGAGGACCGCUCCAUCUUCAUCCUCAAAGACAUCAUCCGACUUCCAGAAACAUCUCUCGGAAGUUUGGACAACCCAAAGGCAAUCGAGUUCUUCCACAUCGAGUCCCUGACCCAUCCCAACUACCCAAUCUUCAUUGAAGCUCGAACGCCAGAAAUCCGUGAAGCCUGGCUGGCUGGCAUCGGAGAGUACGUCGUCGACACAGCAUCGGUCGAAGACCUCCUGUUUGACGACGAACUCCGUGUUGUCUCUCAGGACGUAGACGAGGACGACGCUGGUGUUGUCUCACCCGUCCCCGAAGUUCAGGAAUUCGAAGACCUUCCUGAAGACGGCGAAGCCGCUGAAGCUCUUCCAGAGCAGGAAGACUUUUGGGCGAGAGAACCAUCUCCUCCCGCUAAAAGGCAAAAACCAGAGGCUGUACCCGAGGAAAUCGCUGAGGUAGACUUUUGGGCACAAAAAGAACCCACCCCUCCGAGGAGAAAGCCAGUCCCUGAGCUCACUCCCGCAGAGGAGGCUGCUCCAGAGCAGGUAGAGGAAUCCACUCCUGUAGCAGAGCAGGAAAAGGCAUCAGCUGAACAGGCAUCAUUCAUUCCUCAGGAACCCUCCCCAUCCGCACAGCAGGAGUCUGAAGAUACUGUUGAGGACAUUUGCGCCAAGAAAGAAACAUCUAAGAAGACAAAAACUACAGAUACAGUUCAGGAAGAACAUAUAUUUGAACAAAUACAGGAAAGUUUAGCAAUCACUGCUGGGGCAAUAGUUACAGAAACAAAAGUGCGCGAGCAAUCAGAGUCACCAAUCGAUAUUUGGGGAAGCAGGGACCCGUCCCCAGCCGGCGGGAAAGACAAAGUCGAGGAGGAAGAAUACCAAGAAGACGAAUUUCAUGAUACAGAAGAAGACGAGGCGGCGCUCAUUGAAAGAUGGUUUGACAGUGAGACAGCUGUACAAAAGGAGGUAAAAACAUCAAGAGAACAAACAGUAGUUGUUGAACAAGAAGAAAUAAUCGACAUUUGGGGAAGCUCAUCCCCUCCAUUGAGAUCGAGAACUCAAGUUCCUUUCAUAGAUGAAGGAAAAGAAGACAAACAGGAAGAAUCUCCAGACGAAGAUCUGAUAGAAAGAUGGUUUGAUACUGAAGAACAAGCUUCUGGUGAUAAAAUACUUUCAGAAGCCUUUGAAGAGGAAGCAGAAAGAGCUCAUCUCUCAGCUGAAGAAACAGAAUCACCGCCCCCAAAGAAGCCCAAAAUUGACGAAACUCAACUCCAUAUUAGUGGCUCAUCAUCAUCCGAAUCACCUGUUCAAGAAAAACCUGAAGCUAGUCUUGAAGACUUCUGGGCAAAACGUGAUAGUUCUCCUACACGACCUAAACUUCAAGUAAUAACUGAAUCGACUCCAUCACCUCCAAAGUCACCAGUUGAAGAAAAGGCAGACAUAAAAGAAUCACCCCCAAAGUCACCAGUCAAAGAAGAACCAUCACCUGCUGAGGUUGAGGAAGCCUCUGUGGAAGACUUCUUUGCUGGACGGGAGAGUCCACUUGCAAGACCCAAACCUGUGUUACAGCCUGAAGAAGUAAGUGACACAGUUCCAUCGCCCUCAAAGUCACCAGUUAAAGAACCAUCACCGGCUGAGGGUGAGGAAGCUGCUGUGGAAGACUUCUUUGCUGGACGCGAGAGUCCACUUGCAAGACCCAAACCUGUGUUACAGCCUGAAGAAGUAAGUGACAUAGUUCCAUCGCCACCAAAGUCACCAGUUAAAGAACCAUCACCUGCUGAGGCUGAAGAAGCCUCUGUGGAAGACUUCUUUGCUGGACGCGAGAGUCCACUUGCAAGACCCAAACCUGUGUUACAGCCUGAAGAAGUAAGUGAGACAGUUCCAUCGCCACCAAAGUCACCAGUCAAAGAAGAACCAUCACCUGCUGAGGGUGAGGAAGCUGCUGUGGAAGACUUCUUUGCUGGACGCGAGAGUCCACUUGCAAGACCCAAACCUGUGUUACAGCCUGAAGAAGUAAGUGAGACAGUUCCAUCGCCACCAAAGUCACCAGUUAAAGAACCAUCACCUGCUGAGGCUGAAGAAGCCUCUGUGGAAGACUUCUUUGCUGGACGCGAGAGUCCACUUGCAAGACCCAAACCUGUGUUACAGCCUGAAGAAGUAAGUGAGACAGUUCCAUCGCCACCAAAGUCACCAGUUAAAGAACCAUCACCGGCUGAGGGUGAGGAAGCUGCUGUGGAAGACUUCUUUGCUGGACGCGAGAGUCCACUUGCAAGACCCAAACCUGUGUUACAGCCUGAAGAAGUAAGUGAGACAGUUCCAUCGCCACCAAAGUCACCAGUCAAAGAAGAACCAUCACCUGCUGAGGCUGAAGAAGCUGCUGUGGAAGACUUCUUUGCUGGACGCGAGAGUCCACUUGCAAGACCCAAACCUGUGUUACAGCCUGAAGAAGUAAGUGACACAGUUCCAUCGCCACCAAAGUCACCAGUCAAAGAAGAACCAUCACCUGCUGAGGGUGAGGAAGCUGCUGUGGAAGACUUCUUUGCUGGACGCGAGAGUCCACUUGCAAGACCCAAACCUGUGUUACAGCCUGAAGAAGUAAGUGAGACAGUUCCAUCGCCACCAAAGUCACCAGUUAAAGAACCAUCACCUACUGAGGGUGAGGAAGCUGCUGUGGAAGACUUCUUUGCUGGACGGGAGAGUCCACUUGCAAGACCCAAACCUGUGUUACAGCCUGAAGAAGUAAGUGACACAGUUCCAUCGCCACCAAAGUCACCAGUCAAAGAAGAACCAUCACCUGCUGAGGGUGAGGAAGCUGCUGUGGAAGACUUCUUUGCUGGACGCGAGAGUCCACUUGCAAGACCCAAACCUGUGUUACAGCCUGAAGAAGUAAGUGACACAGUUCCAUCGCCACCAAAGUCACCAGUUAAAGAACCAUCACCGGCUGAGGGUGAGGAAGCUGCUGUGGAAGACUUCUUUGCUGGACGCGAGAGUCCACUUGCAAGACCCAAACCUGUGUUACAGCCUGAAGAAGUAAGUGACACAGUUCCAUCGCCACCAAAGUCACCAGUCAAAGAAGAACCAUCACCUACUGAGGGUGAGGAAGCUGCUGUGGAAGACUUCUUUGCUGGACGGGAGAGUCCACUUGCAAGACCCAAACCUGUGUUACAGCCUGAAGAAGUAAGUGACACAGUUCCAUCGCCACCAAAGUCACCAGUUAAAGAACAAUCACCGGCUGAGGGUGAGGAAGCCUCUGUGGAAGACUUCUUUGCUGGACGCGAGAGUCCACUUGCAAGACCCAAACCUGUGUUACAGCCUGAAGAAGUAAGUGAGACAGUUCCAUCGCCACCAAAGUCACCAGUCAAAGAAGAGCUGAAAGUAGUUCCACCAACUGCAGAGUUUGAUGAAGCUGCUCUUGAGGACUUCUGGUCUGGACGUGAGAGUCCUCUUGCAAGACCUCAGCCCAAGUUUCACAUUGAAGACUUGGAGGCAACUGAGUCACCUCCAAAGUCCCCUCUAAGAACGCCUACUGAAAUAGAACCUACACUCUCCCUUCAUGUUGAGGAGGACAGUAUCAGUAAAACCUCUAGGGACUCUGAUGAAGUUGUUCAGCUUUUCGAAGAGCUAGCAGAGGAAAGUAAAGGCAAUGGCGAAUUAGCAGAUUUUUGGUCAACGCAUGAUAUUCCAACCCCAAAACCACAGAGCCAGUUGGAAAAAGAAAUCUCAGAAGAGGAACCUGAGGUUCUUGAAUAUGAGCUUGAAACAACUGCCAUUUUGUCGACAGAUAUACAUGAAGUGAUUAGGCUAUCUGAAGAAAUAGAAAAAGUUGAAAAGACUGUAACUGAAGUGUCAACGGAGGAAAUUUCAGAGUUUAUUGCCCCAGCAGUGGUUGAGGAAGACUUGAGCAAAGAUUUGACACCGAAGGACAAACCUGAGCCUUCGAAGCCUGCUGAAGCAAAGUCUGAGGCCCCGAAACCAGCUGAGGUCAAGCCUGAACCUCCCAAGCCAACUGAAGCUAAGGUAGAGACUCCCAAACCAGCAGAGGUUAAGCCUGAGCCUCCCAAACCAGCAGAGGUUAAGCCUGAGCCUCCCAAACCAGCAGAGGUUAAGCCUGAGCCUCCCAAACCAGCAGAGGUUAAGCCUGAGCCUCCCAAACCAGCAGAGGUUAAGCCUGAGCCUCCCAAACCAGCAGAGGUUAAGCCUGAGCCUCCCAAACCAGCAGAGGUUAAGCCUGAGCCUCCCAAACCAGCAGAGGUUAAGCCUGAGCCUCCCAAACCAGCAGCGGUACCGAAGCAGGAACCUCCUAAACCCGAAGUUCAGACCAGAGCCCCUCUUGCGAAGCUUGCUACUCCAGCACCCCACAAAAUGCAGGAACCAACUACUCCGUUCACUCCAGGCGGAACGCCCAAGCCUGUCUUUACUAAGACCCUCAAGGGAGAUGUUGUAGAACCCGGCGAUGGCGUGACCUUCGUCUGUGAGGUUGCACACCCCGCGCCCUACUUCAUCACUUGGCUCAAGGACUCCAAGCCGUUGGACGACAAGCUGGCCGACCGUGUCCAGCAGACGGACGCAGGAGCCAAGCACGCCCUCAAGAUGACCGACGAAGGCUGCAAGCAUACACUUCAGGUGCUCAACUGCCGCGUCGAGGACUCGGGCAUCUACACGGCCAAAGCAACGGACGAGAACGGCGUUUGGUCCACGUGCUCGGCCCAGCUCCUCGUCCAAGAGCUGACGGAGGAGGAGCGCGCCCGCCGCAUCGCCGAGAAAUCUCCGUUCUUCAUGGUCCGCAUGAAGCCCACGCAGGUCAUCGAGAACACCAACCUAUCCUACACCAUCCACGUCAAGGGCGACCCAAUGCCCAAUGUAACCUUCUUCAAGGACGAUAAGGAGCUAAAGGAGGACGCGCGCGUCACCAUUCACCGCGACGCCGCCAUCGGCCACUAUGAGCUGCUCAUCACUCACGUCCAGCGAGAGGACGAGGGAACCUACAAGUGUGUUGCAACAAACAAGUUCGGAAAGGCCGAGUGUGAGGCCUCCAUGACGGUGACCGAUGAAGAAAUGUUGUACGAAAGUCUCAGCGGUAAGGGAUCUCUGCUCGCCAAGGGAGAAAAGGCAGAGUUCAAGUGGUUCCGCGAUGGAGUUGAAUUCGACCCUCACGAGAGGUUCAAUGUUAUGUUCAAGGACGACGAGGACACCCUGGCACUGGUGUUCCAGAACGUGACUCCCGAGGACGCCGGUCUCUACACCUGCGUUGCGUCCACCUCCUGCGGCAAGAUCUCCUGCUCUGCCGAGCUCACUGUGGAAGGUUCCAUUAACCGUCUGCAGCGCGACCCAGAACCACCAAACUUCAAGGAAGAACUCACUGAUACUCAGGUCAAUGUUGGAGGAUCGGCCAUGUUAGAGUGCAAGAUUGGCGGAUACCCCAAGCCUGAACUCGCAUGGACCCGUAAUGGCCUGGACGUUAAGGCUGGUGGAAGGGUCAAAUUCCUCUGGGAAGACGAAGAAAGCGUCGCCCUCAUCAUUAAGAACUGCGAGGAGAAGGACGCUGGACUGUACCGCGUCAUCGCAAAGAACGAGCUCGGAGAAGUCAGUUGCUCCGCCAAGCUGGGAAUCAAAGCCGGACCGAAGAUUGUGAGUAUGAAGAAGGAGGUAGCGUGCGUCGUCGGCCAGAAACUCGACUACCGCGUCGAAGUCGAGGGAGAGCCCACGCCCGAAAUCAGGUGGGAUGCCGUAUUGAGAAAGUAUCUUGCGGCUAUUGGAAAGGAGAGGGAAAGCAUUUGUGAUUGCAUCUGCAAGUAUGAUUCUCAUGAGAAAGUGAGACUCUUGAGGGCUUGGAUCCCAUCACCACGUGGCAUACGAACCCGAGCGCACCGCCACCACCUCAACAGUUUGAUACGUGUGGAUAUAUCGCUCCCAGAGAAGAUGGCUGGUCAGAGCCUGAGCGACGUCGUCAACCAGAAUUUUAGGGGAAUCAGUGCCAAAUACAAAAUUGACUUUAUAUAUGCUCUUCAUGUGUAUCCAAUUAGAGUGGUGUUUGCUUUGUACGGUCCUCUGGGCACCCUGUGA